UUAUCGCUUCCAUCGACAAUCAUCAUGGCAAGUGACAAAUCGGACUACCCUCUAAUUCUUGAAAAAAGGAAAUCAUAUGGAGGUCAAGAUUCCAAAGAAGAUGAACAUAUCGAAAACACAUCACACUCAUCGCAAUUCAGCCAUGGUGGUCUUUCGAUCAUGAGUGCAACAGCCCUCAUCAGUGGAAAGAUUGCCGGUUUAGGGAUUCAGAUACUUCCUGGUGCUAUUUCACGGACUGGUGUAUGGGGUCUUAUGGUGGCCAUUGUUGCCUUGCUUCUGUCGGCUUUCUCAGGGACAUUGCUAUCGAAGAGUUGGAUUAUCUUACGACAUAGAUUUUCUAAAUACAGAACAGAAAUCCAUCGAUAUCCCUACCCAGCCCUCGCCUACGAGGGCUAUGGAAUAUGGGGCAGGCGGAUAGCAUCUGUUCUCCUUUAUCUGUACGGUGUCGCGAUCUGUACGACGGGAUUACUAAUCCUAGCAGAUAAUCUCGAUGUAUUACUCAAUCUCGUCGGAGUACGUCUGACGGUAUGCUCGUACUUGCCCAUCGUAGCAGUGUGUGUCUGCCCUUUCCUCUGGAUGGGAACCCCGAAGGAUUUCUGGUUUGCAGGUUACUUCGCCGUCAUCACUGCGACGACGGCCGGUGGGUUCCUGUUCAUCGGAGCCCUGCUCGACCACGAUUACUACUCCAACCUCAACAACCACGGCGGAGUCGAAACCGCAGAGGUUUUGUCGUCGAUGGGCGACAUCAUAUUCGCGUACGCGGGACAAUCGGUGUAUCCCACAGUGCAACACGAUAUGCGUAAUCCGGAAGAUUUCACGACCAGCGUACUACUUGGUUACGCAGUUAUAGCAAUUAUUUAUUUUCCGGUCACCGUAACGUGCCUCCUCAUCUACGGUGAGACUUUUCAAGCGGUCGGGGCAGUAAACAUCCUGGACAUUGUGACGUCACAUUUCAUCACCGUACCCUUCAUAAUUCUAAUAAUGUGCUAUACGAUACCAGUCAUCAUCAUCACCUCGAAUCCUUUCUUCCAAGAUGCUGAAGAUUUGUUCAAUAUUCCUUACGAAUUCACGUGGAAACGCUGCUUACUCCGUUCGUUGUAUGUGCUCUUUCUACUCGUCAUCGCCACGACUUUCCCGCACUUUACGACCUUUCUACCGCUGGUUGGUGGUCCGCUCGUAGCAGUCGUUAAUUUCAUUCUUCCCAUUGUCAUAUACGCAAAACUUGUUAGUCUCGAACCCCCAGCCGUUGUACCCGAGAGUAUUAUUCCCGCGUGUUUAACCAACACUUGUCACGUGACUAUUGUGAUCGUUGCAAUCGUUGGAGCAGGGAUGUCGUCAGCUACAGCCCUCUAUCGUCUCAUCACGCACCACAACGACGUUUAUCUACCUUGCUAUGCUAAUAUAAGUUCCUACUAUAACUAUGAAAUGUAAAGAAGGCCAGUGGAUUGAACCCCCCCCCCCUUCCCCGUUACUGUGUUCUGUAUAACAGACGAAGAGAGUUCCAAGUUUUGUGGAAAGAGGACCAGGAAUGUAAUAGCUUUGAAAAUGUAUGACCGUUGAUCGGAAUCGCCAUCAUACUCGUUCUGCUGAGUGCAUGUGGUAGAGCGGCUCCCUCGUGAGGGUUUCCAUGACAUUUGCUCCGGCGACAAUUGCUCCGCUGCAAAUUCCACACAUUAAUGGAAUGACCAACUUCAUUUGAUUUAUUUAUUUAUUUAUUGGUAUAUAUGCACAUAAAAAUUGACCAGCAGCACAAGCUGAAAGGGUCAAUUUACAAAAAAUCAUUAAGUAGAAUAUACAGAUAUAACAAGGCAAAUGAAUAAAAACGUAAUUCUUGGAUUUAACACUAUACCCUAUCCUCAACUUAACCCUCAAAUCCCAUUGCAACCCUAUUCUUAGACGAAAUAAGGCCGGAGCAAUUGUCGCCGAAGCAAUGAGCGGUGGUUUGUGUGUUCGUUCCUCGGCCAAACCACAGUCAUGCCAAAGACUUAAAAAGGGACCUUCUUGUUAAGCUGUCGAGAAGAAAAGGAGGAGUAGAAGAAGAAGGGGAAGGAGAAGAAGAAGAAGAAGGAAGAGGAGAAGGGGAAGGGAAAGAAGAAGAAGAACAAGAAGGAGGAUGAGAAGAAGAAGAAGAAAAUAAAAAGAGGUGAAGAGGAAGGAAAAAGAAGAAGAAGAAGAAGAGGGAGAAAAGGAGGAGUAUAGGAGGAGGAGAAGAAGAAGAAGGAGGAGGAGGAGGAGAAGAAGGGGAAGAAUAAGAACAAGGAGGAGGAGAAGAAGAAGAAGAAGAAAAUAAAAUAAAAAGAGGUGAAGAGGAAGGAAAAAGAAGGAGAAGGAGAGGAAGGAAAAAAGAGGAGGAGGAUAAGAAGAGGGGGAAGAAGAACGAGGAGGAGGAGGAGAAAAAGAAGAAGAAGGAGGAGGAGUAUAGCAGGAGGAGGAGAAGAAGAAAAAGGAGGAUGAGAAAAAUGGAGGAGAGGAAGGAGGUGAAAGAGAAGGAGAAGAGGAGGAGGAAGGGAGAAGGAGAAAAAGAAGAAUAAGUAGGAUGAGGAAGAGCCUAUAGAAGGAGAAAAAGAUAAAGGAAAAUAAGAAAUAAGCAGAAUGAGGAAAAGAAGUAUAUAAAGAUAGACAAAAAGAGGGGAAAGGAUGAGUAGGAACAGACGAAGGAGCAGGAGAAGAGGAAUGAAUCUGAAAUUUCAUCUCAUAUCUGCACCCUGAUACAUUAUGAUCCGAGGAAUGAAUUUCAAGCCUCCGUCUUGCGAUUUCAUAAUAUUCAUAACCUUGUCUUGUCCGUAUUUCAUCAAACUUUAUUUUGUUCAUGAAAUUAGUGUGCUUCUGAUGAAGGGUGUACAAAUUUUGUGGAGAUCGGUCUCAGGUCAAUCAAUACAUAUUGUUAUAAUAUAAAGUAUAUAAAUUUAUAUAAUGUACUCUUACAUUUUAUUGCAAUGAAGCAAAUGAGGUAUAUUUGUUGCCGUUUUAAAACCGACUUUGAGUUUUAUCUUAUUUAUAUUUUAUUAAUAAAUUUCAUGCAGCCGAAUGUAAAUUUACGUGCAAAUAAAUCUCUUUUUUGACAAAAUUGCAAUACAGAUAGGAAUGACUUAAGUUGGCGUAAUUUCAUUCAUUGACUGUUUGAUUGUAUUUAUUCUUUUCCAUUUCGACUUGAACCAAAAUUACAAUUUUAAAGC